AUUACCGACAAUUGCUUUCCCUGUAUAGGUCGAAGAGUGACCUAAACAACUGCGGUGCGCUUGUCAUUUAAUUGAUGCUAUUUAUAAACCCGACGGUUUGUUCCCCAUACGACGUAACGAUUUUGGCCAUUUUGCCAGCGUUGAAUAUACAUUGUUUUCACACCUACCGCGUUGUAAGUUCUGUAGAGAUUACAAGUUUACUAUAAAAUCGGCGAGAAGGGCAGACGCGUGCUGUGUGCUAUCACCGCAUAAACAGGUCGGCUUCCCCCAUGAAACAGUUCAGUUCGAUAUCACGCCACAAUGAGAGCGGUCAACUCGAAGGCUUGCUCCUUUCUAGCGGUUGUCACGGUUUGUGUUGUUAUCGUGAAGAUUGCGAUUGCAGUGGAUCGAGAAAGUAUCAGUUCAUUGUACAAGUUUCGAUGCUUCAGCGGGAAGUGCCUUCGACAACAUCAGGAUUAUUUGAAUGAGAGUGAACAAUAUUUUGACUCAUUGAACGAGUGUCGAUUGGUCUGUGGUGAAUAUAGUGCCUUGUGGCCGAUCCCCACCGGCGAGUUUCGAUUGAGUCAUGAAACAACGGAAAUCCUGCCUGGAAAUGUUCGGUUUGACAACGCUGGGACCCCUGAAGAUAGGAAAGUCAAACAAUUUCUCAAUGAAACGCAGAAAAUAUUUAUAAAAAAUCUAUUCAGAGAAUGUGGUAGAAGUUGUAAUCGGACUUCUGCCAGUAAUGUUUUAAUAUCUACCAACAUACAAGCGACAGAAACUUCUCUAUCGUGGCAAACAAAUGAAUCGUACGAACUACACGUGUCUACCCAAGGCAGUACUGUUGAAGUGGCCAUCAUUGCCAACACAGUUUUCGGUGCGAGACACGCUCUUGAAUCCUUAUCCCAGCUGACAACAGCGAAGCAAUAUCGUGAUGGAAAUUGUCUCUUAAUCCUCACUGAAGCGCACAUCAGUGAUUCUCCCGUGUUUCCUCAUCGAGGGCUAUUGCUGGAUACGGCGAGAAAUUUUAUAUCACUUAAAGCAAUAAGACGACAACUGGACGGAAUGGCUUCGACCAAGAUGAAUGUUCUCCACUGGCACAUUACGGACUCGCAGAGCUUCCCUCUGGAACUGGUUAGUUUUCCGCAGGUUACCUUCAAUGGUGCUUACUCGGAGAGGCAUAUCUACAAGCAAAAGGACGUGAGACAGAUCUUCGAGUACGCGAGAUAUCGUGGUAUUCGGGUGAUUUUAGAGUUUGAUGCACCUGCACAUGCUGGCAAUGGUUGGCAGUGGACCGCAGAUGCUGGACUUGGAAAUAUAUCAGUCUGCCUAAACGAGCAACCUUGGCGAAAGUUAUGCAUCGAACCACCCUGUGGCCAGCUAAAUCCGGCGAAUCCUAAUCUGUACAAUGUACUGCAGGAGGUGUAUGCUGAUUUCGCCAGUCUGAUUCCAACGGGCGAAAUUAUACACAUGGGUGGCGAUGAGGUAUUCUUUGGUUGCUGGAAUGCUACCCAAGAAAUUGUGGAUUAUUUGGCAAGCCAUAGAAGAGGACGAGAGCAAAAGGAUUUUCUUGAUCUGUGGGGAGAGUUCCAGCGAAGUGUGCUGAAGUUGUGGGACCGAUCACGGUCCAACGAACCGCUUUCACCAACCAUUUUGUGGUCCAGUCAUCUAACUGACCCAGAAGUUAUUGAAACAUAUCUAUCGAAAGAUCGAUAUAUAGUGCAAACCUGGGUUGAGGAGAGCAAUGAAUUGCCUAAGCAACUGCUAAAAAAGGGUUAUCGGCUGAUUAUCUCAACGAAGAACGCAUGGUAUUUUGAUCACGGAUUUUGGGGCGUCACCAAUUACUAUGGUUGGCGGAAGGUGUACAACAAUAAGAUUUUGAAAAACAGUCUCAUUCUUGGUGGUGAAGCUUGCAUCUGGACAGAGUUUAUUGAUGAACAUUCGUUGGAUUCACGUACCUGGCCUAGACUGGCAGCGGUCGGAGAGCGUCUUUGGGCUGAUCCACAAAUCGACGCUUCGAAAGUUGAAGGGCGAUUUUACCGCCAGCGAGAUCGGCUCAUAACGCGUGGUAUAAAUCCCGAAGCCGUAACGCCUCAGUGGUGUGUCCAGAAUGAAGACGAGUGCCGGUAGUGAUCCCCGAUAAUCGUUCGAAUAAUUAAAUACUUCCUACAAAGAUCGAUUAUUAAUCGAACGAAUACUAUGCAACCAAUAAUCGAAGCGAAAGAAUAGUUGGCGUCAAUUAAUGGAUCCAAAUCCGGGGAAAAAACGCCGGUACGGCCUCUGAAGUUUCAUUUGUUUAAGAGGUGUUUUGAUUAGAUUGAAUUUACAAUGUAGUGGUUAAUUCAAUCUUCUAAACGCCUCGAUCUGCAUGUUUUUAUCAGUGGACGUUUGAUUUGUCAUUCAUAACUUUGUUUCAUAAACUUUAUAGUUCAGAAUAUUCUUUUGGAUAGUAGUAACAAAUUGAAUGUGAGUGAAUAAAAAUUGAAAUUCGAUGGCCAAUGAAUAAGGAA